AUUAUAUACUGUCUGUUGGAUUUGGUAUUUUUUGGUUCACUAUCAUUCAUACUUUCCUCGAUGGAUUGUAUGGCGCACUUUCCAAAAUGCGACAUUUUUUUACUUUUUGAAGUCUAUCUGACAUCGAUUUGUAUAUUUGUAUUAUUCACUGUCGUCUAGCGAAACGGUCUCAAAUGUGUUGUUAUGGCGACGGGAUAUUUUCGCAGUGCAUCACGUUUUUUUUUAUAUUGGAGAAAUACAGAAUUAUGAGGAGAUAUUCAUGACAGAGUGGUAUUUAAAGCCAAACUGACAGACUUUGCUUCGCUAUCCAUGCUUAUACAUCGUUGAAAACACCAACGCUGAUACACCUGAUCGGCCAGAUUAUCUGAGUGAAAUAGUCACUGAAAUUUUUUUCAUUUAUUUGUUCAAAUAUUUUUUUAUGGUGGAGAUGGUGGUACCAGACAUUGUGUUAUAUCGGCAUUCCUAGAGAAAAUACAAGCUUGAGCUUUAGUGGAGUUGAAUUAUUCAACAAGGUAAUAGUUGAGGGACAAAGUUGAAUUCAGUGAUAUGUAUAUAUAGAUACACAACCAUGAAGUAAUAUAAUUAAGUCAAGGCAUACUCGUCUACGAGUCAUAAUGGGUGCAUCUAUUUACUUUAUAGCAUUAUUGAUUGUUGCAGCAAACGCUUAUGAAUUCCCCGCUAGUUUCAAAAGAUGUCAACUGAACGAUAUGGAAACAUGUUUGGCCACAACAAUACAGGAUGAUCUAAAGCUAAUUGGAAGCUCUGGUAUUUCUUCAUUGAAUAUCCCUUCGAUAGAACCUCUCAAAAUCCCUGCUAUCGAAAUAGGUGCGGGUAGUACUGCUGUCAACCUAGUCCAGAAGUACAGUGAUGUGAAUGUCCAUGGAUUUUCCCAAUGUAAAGUGGAAACAGCCAACUUGAAUAUCGACAAAAAAACUUUGACAUUCACAGCGAUAUAUCCAGAAAUCAGACAAGAAGCAAAAUACAGCUUGAAUGGAAAAAUCUUGGUCAUUCCUGUCCAUGGAUCAGGCGAUUCAGUCAUAAGAUUGAAGGAAGCAACCUUUGUCCACACCAUCACAUUCAAGGAAAUGAUGAAGAAGGGCAAAAAACUCUUCCAUGUUGAAGACUACAAAUUGAGUAUCACCAUCAAGGGGGCACACUACGACUUCCGUAAUCUCUUUGAUGGAGACAAAAAUUUGGCCGACAAUAUUCUGAAAGUUAUCAAUGAAAAUUGGAACGUUAUUUUCGAUGACGUAAAGCAUGGCGUCGAAAGUUCAUACGCAGCUGUGUUCAAAGCCUUAGCCAAUAAGGUUUUCGAUAAUAUUCCUAUGGAUGAUAUUUUCCUCAAAUGAAUUAAUAUUUAUAGAUAUAUGGUUUGUGAUUUGUGAUGCCAGCUCUCAAACUAGUUUUUCUAUUAUUAUAUGUAUUAUGUUAGACAAUCAUACAUUUAUCCUUUACUUAUCAUACAUUAUAUUGAAAAUCAUAUACAUGCCAAUAAAAAUUGU